AUGUGUUCUAAGCUUAAUGGUUUAGUUAAGUUAGUGUUUAUUUCGUGUUUGGUGCUAGAGAUCACUUCCAAAUUAGAGUGGACCAACAUAAAAUGCUCCUCCAUGGAUGAAAGUUUUUGCGUAAUGGAAUAUUGCUAUAUAAAACCGAUAAAUCGAACUUAUAAAUAUAUUUCUAUUAAAGCGAAAUUAUUAAAAACUCCGGUCACUAAAAUUAAGCUAAACUUUGCCAUGUACAAAAGAGUAAAUGGCUACUUGCCGUUUCUUUACAAUAUAACAGUGGACUCAUGUCGCUUUCUGAAAAAUACUACUUCCCAACCGAUAGCUAAGUUCUUUUAUGAACUCUUUAAGUCUCACUCCAACAUGAAUCACACAUGCCCAUACGACCACGAUAUCAUCAUUGACAAGUUAUCAACCAGCUAUUUAAAUUACAAAUUGACAGAAGUUUUACCAGUUCCUGAGGGCCAAUAUUUGGUGCAGACAAAUUGGUACGCAUACGAUAUUCUUCGAGUUAGCGUGGGAUUCUAUGUAAAUAUUUCUUGA